AUUAGAGGGCAGAAGUGUGGGAAAUACAAGUGAAGUAUAGGAUGAUGAUGAUAGCGUAUCAAAUUCAAUCUUUCAAUCUAUAAAUCAUACUUACUUCCUUAGUUCUCUCCGAAGUCUUUAAGGUUGUCUGUUGUUGUUGUUGUUGUUGUUGUUGUUGUGUUACUUGUGUCAGCUCCGAAAAUUUUGAAGUCCAAAAUAGGAAAAAAGCAGUAAUGAAUGCAGUAACAGUGUCAGUGAGUAAUAUAACACAAUUACUACUCGAACCCAUUUCCAUUUUCAGAGCUCCUCAAGUUUCAGCUUGCUUUCCCAACAAUAAGAGCUUAGUCAGUGUCAAAUCCAGCACUAGUAGAAGAAGAAUAAGAAGGAACCCUAUGCGUUUGGUCCCUCUCACUCGUUCAACAUCGUCAUCUUCAUCUCCAACAAUUGAGACAGUGGAGGGCCAAGCUCUCUCUGAAUCUGAAUCUGAAUCUGAAUCAGUUACUCGUCGCCUCAUUCUUCUUCGCCAUGCCACGAGUUCCUGGGAAGACACUUCACUCCGGGAUCAUGACCGCCCUCUAAGUAAAGCAGGGCAAGUCGAUGCUGCAAGAGUUUCUCACAAACUCCAACAGUUGGGUUGGAUCCCUGAACUCAUUCUGUGUAGCAAUGCAUUGCGAACGACGGAGACACUUAAGAUAAUGCAAGGACAAGUCCGAGGCUUUCUGGAAGCUGAGGUGCAUUUCUUUUCAAGCUUUUAUUCCAUUGCCGCUAUGGAUGGACAGACUGCUGACCAUAUUCAGCAAGUUAUCUGUAAAUAUACAAGGGAUGAGAUACUUACAGUAAUGUGUAUGGGACAUAAUAGAGGAUGGGAGGAGGCAGCCUCAAUGUUCACAGGUGCCUCAGUAGAAUUGAAGACAUGCAAUGCUGCUUUGCUCGAAGCUACUGGGAAAUCUUGGGAAGAGUCUUCCAAAAGUGAAGGUUUUGAAAAAGUUAGGUGGGACGUCAUCUGUUUUCUGAGAAGCUUUCUGCAAAGUUCAGAAUAUUGGAAACCAAUGCUCAGUCAUUAAAGAUACAUUUACUUCUGCAUGCAAUAGUUUGUUGUGAUAAAUUUGAGGUCUUGGUCAAGGCCUUACAAGUUGCAAGCCCAUGGCCAAUAUCAAAGAGAUGGAACUUUCUUUACGUGCUGGCCAGGUAUGACACAGGGACUGCCAAUUGAAGAACCAAGUUAAAUUACUCCAUUCCACUGUUUCCCAUGCUAUGGAAGAAGAUAUCAUUACCUGCAAUUCUUUCAACUGGUACCAUCUCCCGCAAUUCAGUGUGUAUAAGGUUGUAACUUGUAAUCAAUAUUGCCAAUGUUAUUUUUUUGGGACCUGAA